AUGGAUAAUGGAUGUUACUCAUUAGAAAAAUUCUCUUUCAUUCCUCAUGAUGAAGGAAAGAUUCAGGAGCAACAACAAGAGCUAACUGGAUACCAUGACACCACCACCACCACCAACAACAACAACAAUAACAACGACAACUUUGGAGCGAAUAAAGAAUCGAAUCAACCCUCUUUAAUGUGGCUUGAUGACACCUUGGAUACAGAUAUUCUACCUCCUCUUUCUAGAAUAAGUGGUUUAUCCUCUAGUAGUAUGCAUCUAAUAGCAUCUAAUGAUGUAGAUUCACCAAAUGAUGAUUCUACUUGGAGUACAUGGUUAAAAACUUGUUCCUCGCAAUCACCAGCUACAGAUAGAAAAGCGAUUAAAUUCACUGGACAAUUGUCAGAUGCUGAUUUCUCUGUACAUCAUCAAGAACCAGAUUAUGCUCAUCAUAGACAUUAUUCACAUCAUCAUCAUCAUUAUCAUCAUCAUCAUCACCAACAGCAAAAUCAUAGUCAACAUCAAAGUAUAGAAAAGCAGAAUAAUUCUUUAAAUAAUGAAGAAGAAGAAGGAGAAGAAGAAGAGGUGGACCACCGGGAACAACACCAACCACAGCAAUCAUUCAAUGGUACUGAAGUUAAAGAUAAGAUGAAUUCAUUAGAAAGUGAUAAUGAAAAUCUUCCUCAUUUUCGUCAUAAAUAUCCUAGUCAUCAUCACCAUCAUUAUUAUCACCAUCAUCACCACCAUCAUCAUCAUCACCAUCAUCAUUUUCAUGCCAGUCAACAGUCCUGUACAACAAAUCGAAAUUCUCUACCGAAUGAUAACAAUAAUAGUAAUAAUAAUAACUUACAAGAAAACUGUAAAAAGUGUCGAUCAUUCCUAUCAAAGCAACACUGUUCUCUAGUGGAAACCAAUGCUGAUUUAAAUAACACUGAUAAUGCCUUUUUAAACACUAUAAAUCAUUUAGAAAAAAUGUUCAACUUAGAAUUCAAUGAUAUCUGGUGUGCUUCGCAUAAUCGUGUUAUUCAAUGGUUGAGUGAUGUUCAAAAUACUACUGUACAGAAUUCAGAUGAAUAG